AUGCAUACACCGCAAUUUCGUCCUCUUGAUGUGGAAAGCAUCCGCAAAGAUUUUCCGAUCUUCGCGACGACACCGCCGUUGGCUUUUCUCGAUAAUGCUGCCUCAACGCAGACCCCGCGUCCUGUCGUCGAAGCGAUGGAUGACUACUAUGAUACCUAUCGUUCCAAUAUCCAUCGCGGUAUCUAUCGUAUCUCAGAAGAAGCAACGGCACAGUAUGAACGCGCUCGUGAGAAGGUAGCACAGUUGGUUAACGCUCCGCGGGCACGACAGAUUAUCUUUACACGGAACACGACGGAAUCCAUUAAUCUCGUCGCUUACAGUUGGGGAAGCGCAAACAUACAAGAGGGCGAUGAAAUUGUCCUUACUGUUAUGGAACACCAUAGCAACCUUGUGCCUUGGCAACUGAUGGCGCAGCGCACUGGUGCUGUGCUCCGAUUCAUGGAGAUCACCGACGAAGGGUUGCUUGACUUCACACAACUUCAUGACCUCCUCACUGAAAAAACGAAACUUGUUGCCGUAGGACACGUUUCAAAUGUACUCGGGACAAUCAAUCCGAUCCAGUCCAUCAUUAUGGCUGCGCAUGCUGUUGGUGCUAAGGUAGUCGUUGAUGCCGCACAAUCGGUGCCGCAUUUUCAGGUCGAUGUCCAGCAACUGGAUUGCGAUUUCCUCGCUUUCUCUGGACAUAAAAUGUGUGGUCCCACUGGUAUUGGUGUCUUAUACGGUAAAUUGGAACUCCUUGAAGAGAUGCCGCCCUUCCUCGGUGGUGGUUCAAUGAUUCGGAGCGUCGAACGCGACGUAUCAAGUUAUGCUGAACUUCCCGCCAAAUUCGAGGCGGGUACCCCAAGCAUCGCCGAAGCGAUCGGACUCGGGCACGCAGUCGACUAUAUUACACAAGCAAAUUUAGCAGCACUUCAGGUCCAUGAACAAGAACUCCUAAAAUAUGCACAUAAUCGCUUACAAGAAAUCGAAGGCAUCACCCUCUAUGGACCCGCCCCACAUCAAAAAGCGGGUGUUAUCUCCUUUAAUAUGGAAGGUAUCCAUCCGCAUGACGUGGCUGGCGUUUUGGAUACGCACGAUAUCGCUAUCCGAGCAGGACAUCACUGUGCACAACCGCUUAUGAAGAGAUUGGAUGUUAUCGCCACCGCCCGUGCGAGUUUUUACCUUUAUAACACAAUUGAUGACGUGGACCGGUUAUAUGAAGGGCUGUGCAGAACACAGAAGUUGAUGACCCGGAGCCAGAGAAGGAGAGCGGAAUGA